AUGCUGAUAUCUACUCGUUGGGUCGUACUGUUCCUCGGGCUGGCAGGAUACUCCCUUGGAAUGCAAUUGAUUCGGGUAAAUCGUGGAAUAUACGGACUUGGAGGACUCGGUUAUGGCGGUUAUGGAGGUUAUGGUGGACUUGGUUUUGGUGGUCUUCAUGGUGGACUUGGAGUUAGCCCAAUAUCGAAGAAGGAACUUCUUGCCCUUCUCGAACAACUGAAGGAGGAAGAAGAACCAGAGCCAGAACCGGAACCAGAGCCUGAACCAGAACCUGAGCCAGAACCUGAACCCGAGCCGGAACCAGAGCCUGAACCUGAACCCGAGCCUGAACCAGAGCCCGAACCAGAACCUGAGCCACCAGCAACACCACCACCUGGAGUUCCACUGACUGUCUCACUUCCAGCUUUUGUGCCAAUUCAAUUGACGGCAAUGUACACUGCUCCAGCACCAGCUGCUCCUCCACCAGCUCCAGAGCCCGAACCAGAAGAUGAACCUGAGGAGGAGGAAGAAGAGGAAGAAGAAGAAGAGGAAGAAGAAGAAGAAGAGGAGGAGGAAGAAGAACCCGAACCAGAGCCAGAACCAGAGCCUGAACCAGAACCUGAGCCAGAGCCCGAACCAGAGCCACCAAAGAAGCCAUCCUUCGGUUACCUUCCUCCCUACAUUCACAAGAGUGUAUUCUUUAGGCAACGCGUACCAGUUGCAGUACCAAAACCAUUCCCAGUUCGAGUUCCAGUGCCAGUUCCCAGGCCGUUCCCUGUUGCAGUUGAUCGUCCUGUAGUUGUACCAGUUCCCAAACCAUAUCCAGUUCCUAUAUACAAAUCACAUCCACCAUUUGCGCAAGCACGAUACUACAACACAAUUCCAACAGGUUCAUAUGAUGUAUCACCUAAAGGCUAUGCUGAUGGAGCAUCUAUUCUAAGGCAUUAUAUUGGCUAA